UAUAAAACAAUCAUAAAAUUUGCAAUUGAAUCCAAAUAUAACAUGAAUGCCACCAAUAUAUAGUUCUGAAAUUGAAUAAUUAGAUCACACUGUUUUCUGAGAAAGGAUAUGUUCUAUUUUCUAUAUCUAUACACCCCUGGCAAUGGACUUAAGAUAAACUGUUCUACAUUUUUUGCGAACAAAGCCGCCCACCCAGACCUGGGACUUUUUGUGAGUCACCUACGCUAAAAUUGGUUCCAACCAAUAACAGCACAUGUAUUUACGGGAUACCCGUGUUUUCACCUGCUUGGACUACUGAGAGGUACUCUACUGUUCAUGUCAAAGUCUUCCUCCAAGUGAUUUAAGAGUUCAGCCUGACUAAAAUCAUGCUACUAGCAGCCCUCCCCUGGUCAGGCCACUGUGGGGAGGGGUUCCAUGGUGCCUUGGACAGCAAGAGUUAACGGGCUGCACAGAUUAAGUUUCUACACAUGAAAUUGCAGGUGAAGUUCAGGAAAUGCAAAGGCCACAGAGAGCUCUCCCAGCCAUGUCACAGACAGAUUGGACUGUCAUGAGAUUUCAACAAGAAAGUAAAUACUGGACACAAUAGCAACACUGACAUUUGUGCCAACAUGCCUGUUACAUAUUUGAUGAAAAAGCCAAUAUGUCUUCAAAAAACAAGACUUAAGAAAACAAGACAAAUCAAGCGCGGAAAUUUGCCAGAUUGCCAUGUUAGAAACAAUGUGAAAUCACAAGGAAACCACAAUACGAUCAUCAACUCAGGACAUAAUAGUACAGUUGUGCCUGUGGCGGUAAACAUACAAAAUCUACAUGUACAUGUGGAGAGACCACUUCAACCUACAGCCAGAACCCAUACCAAGAAGCAGAAACUUUGUAGAAAGUUGCUGGACCGACUGGACCAGCUAUCAGCUAGAGGUGCGCUAAAGAAGUGCAAAGAGAGCAUCAACAGACUGUUAAGGUGUACAAGGGAUCCAGACUGCCGUGCCACACUGUGGAUUGCUGCAGCUGCCUGCUUUAUCAAUGGGGGAAAGAUGAAAAAUGCAGGCAAAGCCUUGUGCCAUGUUACAGGUCUUCUGGACCAAACUGAGAACAGCAGUGAGCACAGACUUGCUCGAGACUACUACCAGUCACUCAUUGAUCUAAGGGAGGACAGAUACGACCACGGUGUUCGUGUAAUAAUGAUGGCCUUAUACAACAUACAGAUGAAACAGGUGGGACACGUGAGAGCACUGAUACUUAUCAAUCUUGGCUGGUUCUACACCAAGAUGGCACAACUAGAGCAGGAUCGCCACAAGCAGGCUGAGCUAAUCAAAGAUGCCAAAGAGUCAUUUGGGAGAGCCAUCGACGACUCUGGUCAGGAAGACGAAGAGGAAGAGUUUCCAGGCCAACUUCAAGACAAGAAGACCAGGAUUUGCCAGUGUGCCUGGAUUGGUGGUGUCUAUCUGCGGCUGAGAUGUUGGUGCUCAGCAUUACCAGAUGGAAACAACACAAAUCUGGGCACCACGGAUGAAAUCCCUGAAGAAGAUAUCACAGAGGCACGUCAGAUCCUCCGUUCACUGGAGGACAGAGAACCCUUGUGUGGGAUAUGUGAAGUCCUGUACCAUCUUGCGCAGGCACACAUGCGUUACAGGGGACAAAAAUAUCCUGAGGCCCUCAAGGAAGCGAAGGAGGCAAGGGACCUGGCAAUAUGUGGGGAUUUCAAAAACUACAUUGACAUUGCUGAAAGCAUUGUUAAACUCUUCAAGCAGGCAGUUUUAUGACUCGUAUGUGUACUUGAGACGGGCAUAUUAUACCAGAACAUAGUAUGUUACCUUAUAUCAUGAUCAGGAUGCAGGUAAAAGUUGUUCAAAACGAGUGCCAAAUUAUGUAAAAAAGGGAGUGGAAACAAACUUGUGCCUACUACUAUAGAAUUGUAAUCCCUGUGAUUUCCUAUUAGUAACUUGUGAUCACUCUACAAACAGGAGUGAUCCUUGACAGGAUUACGAAUAAAUGUCAGUUCUCUACAAAUGUAUUUGGAGCUGCAUUGUGUACAAAAAGGCGAUGAUUAAAAUUUGACUUUUAAUGACUAACAGUAACCCUACAAAAAAACAAACAUAUCUGUAUCUGUAUAGCCGGUAUAACCGCCUUGCGGCGUAACACACCAGCUUCGCAGGCACGCGGUGUGGCACAUACAAGUACUUAACAUCAUUAAACCUGUACCCAUUUACAGUCAGUAUGAACCUGCUAAUCAUGUUUAACCUGUGAUGGUAGUCAAUAUUGAAACAACCUAUCAUAAAUUGUAACAGUUGUUGAUUUUCUUGACAUAUUCAAAUGGACUCCAUUGAUUGAAGAAAACCAUUUGUGCUGCAACCCUCCAGGCAGAACAUACAUGUAGGGCCCAUUGUUGCAAGCACUUCUGAGAUAUUGUGACUACCAUAUGGUAUUAUACUUUUAAUUAUAUUUUAUAUUAUGAUAUUUAUGUAUUACUAGACAAAGUACAAUAAUUGUAUCUUACACUAUGAAAUGAUCAUAACGCAAACAAAAGUACAAGUUGGAUUUCUGUGUUGACUAACAAAAUAUUCUAUCAAUUGCACUGCCCAAGAGCUAUCUUCAUGCACAGUUAAGUGUCAAUAACAUGUGUGAAUUCUUAAAAUAAACAGUAAAAGUACAGUUUGUGUGACUGGUAAUGGUUCAUGUUUGACUCAUUAAACAUUCUCUUUCUCAUAGGAGCUGAAUGUUAAGCUGAGAAAGCAGUAAUAUGUGAACAGCUGGGAUUUGAACCCAUGACCUUGAAUGCAAUUGUGAACACCU